AUGGCACCUUCACUUCUUCCUCCUCCUCUUCUUCUUCUUCUUUUUCUUCCUCCUCUGGCUCGGGCGUCUGUCUCGUCGGCGCAGCAGGGCCUAACUGCGGGCCAGCGCAACGACGACCCGCAGGUGGGCAGCGCUGCGUCGGACGGUUUCAGCCCCUUCAUCUUCGACCUCGCCGUUGGGACAUCGCCGCAGCCCCUCUCCGUCGUCAUGGACAUCGCCAGCGACCUCGUCUGGGCGCAGCUGACGCCGCCGACGACGCCCACAUUCCUCCCCAGAAACUCCUCCUCCGACGCCCUGGUCGGCUGCGACACCCAGAUUUGCGACUACAUGCUCCCCGUCCUGGGCGAGCACCAGUGCCGCGUGCAAGACGACAAUCUCUGCGGGUACGUAAAGCCCUACUACACUGGCGCCACGUCCGGCUUCCUCGCCACCGAGACGUUCAGCUUCGGGGCCACGCCCGUCAAAGGCGUGGUGUUCGGCUGCAGCGGCGACAUCACGGUGCCCAACCUCGACGGGGCCUCCGGAUUCGCCGGCUUCAGCAGGGGACCCCUCUCCCUCGUCUCGCAGCUCAAAAUCUCCAGCUUCACCUACUUUAUCUCGCCUCCCGGCGGAAAAAAUGCGAGUGCGCGUGCGCGUGGGCACCUCAGAUGGAGCUGGGGCGCCGGCGCCGAUUACACCGCCAGCAGCACGCUGCUGCUGCCGGCCACAGAACACCAGAACCCUUACCUGUACUACGUCAACCUCACGGGCGUGCAGGUAGAAGACCAGCUCCUCACGGCCAUCCCGGCGGGGACCUUCGACGUCCGGCAUGAUGGCUCCGGCGGGGUUUACCUGAGCACCACUCUGCCGUUUACCUACCUCGACAAGGCCGCGUACAACGUCCUAAGGCCGGAGCUCGUGAGCAGGAUCCAGUCGCAGGGCGUGUUUCCGGUGAACGUCGCAGCCGGAGGCAACCUUGAUCGCGUGUGCUUCCUCACGCAGGACCUUGCCAAAGCCAAGGUCCCGACGCUCGCGCUUCUGUUUAACGGCGCCGACGCGGCGAUGGAGCUCAAGGUGGAGAACUAUUUCUUCGCCGACGACAGCGGGCAGACGUGCCUCACCAUACUGCCCUCGGCGGCUACCGGCUCGGUGCUGGGUAGCCUUCUGCAGGCAGGCAGGAAGAUGACCUACGACAUCUAUGGCAACGGUGGAGGGCGGCUAACGUUCGAGACGGCACCAGCAGGUGCUCCGGUGCCGGAGUGGGCGUCGCUCAUGAUAAUGGCCACUCUCCUGUGGAUGUUCGGCUCGCAAGCUCUUUUCUAA